GGAGGCGUGUCGGGCGGGGGCGGGGCGGCUGCGGACCUGGAGGAGGAAGAGGGGCAGGUGCAGGUGCAGCGGGAGCCGCGGAGCCGGCGGGAGGGCCGGAGCCUGCCCGGGUCCCGCUGCGACCCUCUCCCAGCCCGAGGUGGGGGUCGAUUGACCGGUUCCAGGCCCCCUUCGGGCGGAGGCGCAGGACAGCCCCAGGGUGGACCAUGGCGGUGAGAUUCCAGGUGGCCGACAUGGAGGAGCUGACCAUCUGGGAACAGCACACGGCCACCCUCUGCAAGGACCCCCGCCGGGGCUUUGGCAUCGCCAUCUCUGGAGGCCGAGACCGGCCCAGUGGGUCAGUGGUCGUGUCCGAUGUCGUGCCCGGAGGGCCGGCCGAAGGCAGGCUUCAGACCGGGGACCACAUCGUCAUGGUGAACGGGGUGUCCAUGGAGAAUGUCACCUCCACCUUUGCCAUCCAGAUCCUCAAGACCUGCACCAAGCUGGCCAACAUUACCGUGAAGCGGCCCCGGAAGGUCCAGCUGCCCUCCACCAAGGCGGGCCCCUCUGGCCGGGGCCACCAGGACUCGGAUGAGGACGGCCCUGCGCGGCUGGACGAGGCUGACCACGGCCGGGGCUACGAGGGCGGCUCGUCCAGCGGCUCCGGCCGCUCCUGGGGCAGUUCGGCGUGAAGCUGGGUAGUCAGAUAUUCAUCAAGCACAUCACAGACUCGGGCCUGGCCGCCCGGAACUGCGGGCUGCGGGAGGGAGACCUCGUCCUGCAGAUCAACGGCGUGUCCAGCGAGAACCUGUCGCUGAGUGACACGCGGCGGCUGAUCGAGGAGUCGGACGGGCAGCUGACCCUGCUGGUGCUGAGAGACCGCGGGCAGUUCCUGGUGAACAUCCCGCCCGCCGUCAGCGACAGCGACAGCUCCGUCCUGGAGGGCCCGGCGGACGGGCAUGGCAUCCAGGAGGGGGACCAGAUCCUGCAGGCCAACGAGCUGCCGUUCAGGGACCUGACCCGAGAGGAGGCCGUGCGGUUCCUGCAGGCACUGCCCGUGGGCGAGGAGGUGGAGCUGGUGAUGCAGCACAAGCAGGCCCUCUUCCAGAAGAUGGUGCAGUCACGCGUGGGCGACUCCUUCUACAUCCGCACGCACUUCGAGCUGGAGCCCAGUCCGCCCUCGGGCCUGGGCUUCACCCGCGGGGACGUCUUCCACGUGGUGGACACGCUGUACCCGGGCCCCGGGCCGAGCCACGCGCGGGGCGGACACUGGCUGGUGGCACGCAUGGGCCGGGACCUCCGCGAGCAGGAGCGGGGCAUCAUCCCCAACCAGAGCAGGGCGGAGCAGCUGGCCAGCCUGGAGGCGGCGCCGAGCUUCAAGCGGCCGGUGGUGGUCCUGGGCCCCGUGGCUGACAUCGCCAUGCAGAAACUAACUGCCGAGAUGCCCGACCAGUUCGAGAUCGCAGAGAGCAUGGUGCGGGUGGACAGCCCGUCCAAGAUCGUCAAGCUGGACACCGUGAGACUGAUUGCGGAGAAGGACAAGCACGCGCUGCUGGACGUGACGCCCUCGGCCGUGGAGCGACUCAACUACGUGCAGUACUACCCCAUCGUGGUCUUCUGCGCCCCCGAGAGCCGGCCGGCCCUGAAGGCGCUGCGCCAGUGGCUGGCCCCCGGCACGAGCGAGGCCUGGUACCAGGAGCUCAAGGACGCCAUCCGGGAGCAGCAGGCGCGGCCCAUCUGGACGGCGGCCGACCAGCUGGACAGCACCUCCGAGGACAACCUGGACCUGCCCCACCGCGGCCUGGCCGACAGCUCCGCCGACCUCAGCUGCGACAGUCGGGUCAACAGCGACUAUGAGACGGACGGCGAGGGCGGCGUCUACACGGACGGUGAGGGCUACACGGACGGCGAGGGCGGGCCCUACACCGACGUGGACGAGGGGCCCCCAACACCAGCCUUGGCCCGGUCCUCGGAGCCUGUGCACGACGACCAGCCCCAGAGCCCCAGGGAACGGGAGAGGAUCUCGCCCCACCACGAAGCCCAGGGAGAUGACCACCACCCCCAGGGCCAAUGGCGACAGGACAGCAUGCGGACCUAUAAACGGGAAGCUCUGAGGAAAAAGUUUACGCGGGCCCGGGACAUGGAAUCCUCCGAUGAAGAAGGCUACGACUGGGGCCCGGCCACCGACCUGUGA